AUUACCGUGAAUUUAGACUAACGCACUGUCAUUUUGUUUUUCUUACAGCGGAAUCGCAAGGCCCAAGAAAAGAUAUUGUCUUCCUUAUUGAUGGAUCGGACGCUGUUGGGCGAGAAUUUGCUAUCAUCCAAGAGUUCAUCCGCAGAGUGGUGGAGAGCCUCAACGUGGGGGAAAACAAGAUCCGAAUUGGUGUGGUCCAGUAUGGGGACUCUGCCAAGGCUGACAUGCAUCUCAAUACCUAUACAACAAAAGAAGGCGUCCUGAACGGCAUCAGGGAAAUGAGACAGCUUGGAGGAAGACAGCGGAACCUUGGCCAAGCAUUGCAGUUUCUCAGUCAGAGCGUCAUGAUACCAGCACGAGGUAGCAGGAAGCGAGAAGGUGUGCCGCAGUUUGCCAUCGUUGUGUCCAGUAGGCCCUCAACAGAUGAUAUCACUCGUCAAGCCUCUUCCCUCAAGCAAUCUGGAGUCAUCUCAUUCAGCAUUGGCACAAGGGAGGUCAACCCCACAGAACUWAAAGUAGUGUCAUAUGUCCCAAAUUUCUCCUUUACUGUUGAUGACCUCCCUGGCUUGUACAUAGUCCAAGAAAAUCUCAUCAACACAAUAACAGAGUUAUCAGACGAGGAUAUUGCAAGGUUGAGACCUCAAUUCCCAACUUAUGAMGUUUUCACACCACCACCAGCAACAGGAGAUAAGAGGGAUGUCGUCUUUCUGAUUGAUGGCUCUUCUGCAACACGUAGUGAGUUCCCAUCCAUCCGUGACAUGAUAAGAAGAGUUGUGGAUCAGCUGGAUGUAGGACUGGACAGGGUCAGAGUCUCAGUGGUACAGUACAGCGACGAUCCGAAGCCAGAAUUCCUCCUCAACGAGCAUUCCACCAAAGCCGAAGUCCGGCAAGCUGUGGSGAAACUCAGAAGCAGCGGUGGAAAUCGGCUCAACACGGGCCGCGCUCUUGAAUGGGUCUCCAGGAACAUCUACCAGAGAUCUGCAGGAAGCCGCAUCGAGGAAGGCGUGCCUCAGUUCCUCAUUCUGGUCACAGGCGGCAGGUCUUCAGAUGAUGUGUCCACACAAGCCGACCAGCUAAAGAGAAAUCAGGUUGCCCCCCUUGCCAUUGGUUCAAGAAACGCAGAYCUAAAUGAGCUGAGACAGAUUUCCUUAAAGCCGGAGCUUGUGUACUCCGUUGACAGUUUUCAACAACUUCCAAGAGUGGAUCCACAACUCAUUAGAUCAGUCCAAACAAUAUCCACCUCUGACAUCAUCAGCAGUUACAUUCCAACAGUGGAUAUAGCCACCCUGGAUCUUGGGAAAAAGGACAUCAUCUUCCUCAUUGAUGGCUCAGACACCACAGGUCCCACUGGGAUUGCCCAUAUUCGAGACUUUAUCGUCAGCAUUGUCCARCAGCUCGAUGUGCAGCCUGAUAAAGUUCGCGUUGCUGUUGUUCAGUACGCAGACGGAGCUAAAACCGAGUUCUCACUCAACACCCACAACAACAAGCAGGCUGUGCUGUCUGCUGUCAAACGCCUUCGUCAGAUGGGCGGACGCUCCUCUCAGCUGGCCAAUGCCAUUGAUCAUGUUUUAGAGAACGAGGUCAAACCGUCGGCCGGCGUCCGUCUGUCUGACGCCUCCCAGCAUCUUGUGGUUCUCACAGGAGGACCGUCCUCCCAAUCGGUCUCCAUCUCUGGACCGCUGCUGAAGAACAAGCGGGUGAACUGCAUUGGUGUUGGGACUGGCAGCGCUGACAGAUCUCAGCUAAGUCAAAUCGCCACGUCGUCAGAAGAUGUUGUUACAGUGCCUACAUUCCCCAACUUACCGACAGCAAAAGACAGAGUUAUUUCCAGACUGAAAGGCUCCACAGGGACUGUUUUCCCCACAUAUGUUUAUCCAACGGAAGAUUUGCCUAAAUCCAAAAAGGCCGACAUAGUUUUCCUAAUGGAUGGAUCCAUCAACCUGGGCCAGAGCAACUUCAACAACGUCCGGGACUUCAUCGUGAAUCUUAUUGACCUGUUCUACAACGAAAGAGACAACCUACGGAUCGGCCUUGCGCAGUAUGCCACAGAUGUGAGCGACGCCUUUUUCCUCAACACCUACAGCAACAGGGACGACGUCAUCGAAGCCAUCGGCAAGAUAGAAUACAAAGGCGGGCGCAGAAUCAUGACCGGCGACGCCAUUCGCCACAUGCAAGACGUCCAUUUUAGCAAGCAGAGAGGCAGUAGGAAAGAUGAAGGUACUCCUCAGAUCCUCAUGCUCGUCACAGGAGGUCGCUCACAGGAUGACGGGAAGACGGCCGCGCUGGGCCUGAAGAAGAAAGGCGUGAGGAUCUUUGCCGUUGGAGUGGGCGACAUUCAGGAUGAGCUGGAAAACCUUGCGAGUCAGUCGUCUACCGUGGCCCGAGCACAGACCUUCCAGGAGCUGUCRGAGCUCAAUGAACAAAUCCUGGAGGCUUUGGACGAUGAAGUGAAUGGGAAACCUUGCAUUGAUACACAACAAGCAGCUAAACCCUGCAAUGUUGAGGUGCUAGUUGGCUUUGAUGUGUCUGGCCAGAACAUCUUCAGCACCCAAAGUAACCUUCAGAGCAAGAUGAACGCCAUUCUGCAAAGAAUUUCCAAAAUGGCCCCCAUCAGUUGCUCUGGAGGGCAGAACCCCUCCAUGCAGGUGGGCAUGCUGGCCUUAGACUCUGCCUCCAGGCCGGUCCAAAUCGACUUCAAGGACAACCCUGAUGAGCUGUUUGAGGCCUUCAGAGGCCUGCGGAGUCAGGGCCCCUUCAUCCUGAAUGCUCAGACCAUCCAAGCCUACAUGAACCGGUUCCGAGUCAGACAAGCCGACACCAUCAAGGUCAUCAUUCAUCUGACGGAUGGUCUCGAUGCUSCAUACCCUGAAAUAAAGAGACGAGUAGAGGAGCUUCGUCAGUCGGGAGUGAACAGUUUCAUUCUGGUUGGGCUGGAGCGGGUGGAGCAGUUUGAAGAGGCUUUGCUGCUGGAAUUUGGCCGCGGCUUUAGGUACACAAGGCCCUUAAAACUCAACGUCAUGGACCUGGACUAUGAACUUAUGGAGGAACUGGACAACAUCGCAGAGAGGGAGUGCUGUGGCGUUCCAUGCAAAUGCACUGGGAACCGAGGAGACCGGGGGGGCGUGGGCCUGCCCGGGAUUAAGGGUAGUCCRGGAUCACCAGGAAGCCCGGGACAUCCUGGUGACGAGGGUGGACCAGGAGAAAGAGGUCCUCCUGGUGUCAACGGUACUCAGGGCUUCCAGGGAUGCCCUGGACAGAGAGGUGUCAAGGGAUCUCGCGGGUUCUCAGGAGAAAAGGGGACGAGGGGGCGAGAUGACAACAGUCCAGGACCUAAAGGAGAACGCGGCGACAUCGGACCGCCGGGAGUUCCUGGUGAAGACGGGUUGAAAGGAACCCCUGGCGAUCGUGGUAGACGGGGACUUGAUGGCAGAAGAGGCCAGCCAGGACGACCUGGAAACCGCGGGCUUCCUGGAGACAGAGGCCAGGCCGGACAGCCUGGUAUCGCAGGCUCAAGAGGUGCAGCUGGACCAGUCGGUACACGAGGACCCAAAGGGGAGGACGGCAACCCAGGACCCAGAGGUCCUGGAGGUAAUCCUGGUCCAAACGGAGAAAACGGAAGAAGAGGACCUCUAGGGCGCAAGGGAGAACCAGGAGAACCGGGACCCAAGGGUGGGAUUGGACCGGUUGGGCCCCACGGAGAGCCUGGUCAAGACGGCAGAGACGGAAUCGGUUCGAAGGGAGAGAAAGGAAGGAAGGGCGAUGAAGGAUUCCCAGGAUUCCCUGGACUCAAGGGUGCAGCCGGAGACCCUGGACCCCGCGGAGGACCCGGACCCAGAGGGAACCGUGGACAAAGAGGCGUCUCCGGGGACGUUGGGUCACCUGGACAGAAGGGAGAAAUUGGAUAUCCUGGACCCUAUGGGGCCAAAGGUCCAACAGGACCAGGUGUUGUGCAAUGUGACCUGGUCAAGAAGAUCAGAGAUAACUGUCCUUGUUGCUAUGGUAAGCAGGAAUGCCCGCUGUACCCCACCGAGCUGGCCUUCGCGCUGGACGCCUCGCAGGCCGUGGACCGCCAGGUCUUCAGCACCAUGCGGGAAACGGUCGAACUCCUGGUCAGGAACAUCACCAUCGCCGAGAGCAACUGUCCGAGAGGAGCUCGCGUCGCUCUCAGCUUGUACCACAACGAGAUGAUCACCGAGUUCCGGUUCGCUGACUCCACGAAGAAGCGGACGCUGUUGGAUCGCAUCGAGCAGCUGCAGAAGCCGCGGUCCAGUAAGGAGGCCAGUCUGGACACGGCCAUGAGCUUUGUGGCCCAGAACACCUUCAAGAGAGUCCGCAGCGGCUUCCUGAUGAGGAAGGUCGCCGUCUUCUUCGUUGGUCAUCGUGUCAGGCAGACCCAGAGAAUCACCAACGCCGCGCUUCGCCUUCACGAUGCCGGGAUCGCCACGCUGCUGCUGGUGAACAGCGAGAGCAGGGAGCUGAGCCGGGCAGUUCAGGUCAACAACACGGCGCUGGCCCAGGUCAUCGUCCUUCCCUCCCCGGGAAGCUCCCAGUACAAGUCGGUCUUCCAGAAGAUCUUGAGUUGCCACGUCUGCUACGAUUCCUGUUCUCCAGACCAGCUUUGUGACUACCUGCCUCCGUCGGCCGGCCGCGAUCGSCGAUCUCUGACGUCUGAUGUGGACAUCGACAUGGCCUUCAUCAUAGACAGCUCCGAGUCGACCUUCCCGUCCUUCUUCAUCGAGAUUAAACGAUACAUCGCUCACAUCGUAGAGGCUCUUCACGUGUCUUCGGAUCCCACCGCCUCCGUCCAUCACGCCAGAGUGUCUGUCGUCCAGCAGGCUCCCUACGAGUUCAUCCACAACCGGACCGGCCAGCCCAUCCGCGUGGACCUGGGCCUGACCGACCACGCCUCGGCGCGGGCCGUCGUCCGGUUCCUGCUGGACAAGACGGAGCAGCUGGAGGGCGGCCGCGCCCUGCCGGCGGCCAUCGAGGCCACCGUGGRUCAGGUGUUUGAGAAGGCGCCGCUGCAGCGCGACAGGAAGGUGAUCGUGCUGUUUGUGACCGGCAGCGUGGAGGAGGACGAGGAGCAGCUGCUCCGCAUCGCCAACGACGUCAAAUGCAGAGGCUACUUCCUGGUCAUCUUCGGCGUGGGCGAGUCGCUGGGGCCCCGGGACGCUCACGUCCUGUCACGCAUGGCGAGCGAACCCUCCGAUGUCUUCUUCAAGCGCCUCGACCUCAUUUCCCACUUUUACGACAAACACAUCCAGACGUUUGGCCAGCUGUUUGCUAAGUAUAUCAGCUUUGAAAACCGACCUGAACAAUCUAAAACCUGUCAGUGGACGCAGAGCGACCAGCCGCUGAAGAGCCCGCUGCCACCGCCACACCACCAGGAGAAACACCAGAAGCAUGACGGCCACCAAGCAGUUCAUGAGAGAAAGCUCAACCACGGCGACGAGCUGCACGUCUCCAACGUCACCGCCAGCAGCUUCACGUUGCGGUGGAGCAACCCCGAACCCAAACCGCUGGUCUACUUUGAGGUGGUGGUGACCCGACUGCAGGACCACGCCCUGGUGGUGAAGACCAACGUUUCGGGCUCAGAGAUCGCGGUGUUCAACGUGGAAAGCUCUCAGACGUACCACGCUGUGGUCACGGCGUACACAGCAGAGGGGCAGGCCGUCUCCACCCGCAAGGGCAUCGUCACAACCAAAGCAGCCAGCCUCGGCAGCAGCACUGUAAAAACUACACCGCUGGACAAACCAGAGCCUGCUAAUGACCCGGCAGACUCCUGCUCACUUGACUUUGACCCGGGAAUGCCGUGCAAAGACUUUGAGGCUAAGUGGUUCUUUGACAGACAGAAUGGGUUCUGUGCAGAGUUCUGGUUUGGAGGUUGUGGAGGAAAUGAGAAUAGGUUCGACUCAGAAGAACUUUGCUUGAAAAACUGCAUGAGGUCAGGUAAGUUACGGCCGGAGGACAGCGUUUAAAGCAAAGUGGGAUAAUCAGUUUACUCUCUGGAAAAUAUGACGGUUUAGGUUUAACUUAAAUAAUUKGWCMAAUAU